AAAUUCAAUCAGUCAGAAUUUAGAAAUACAUAAGGGAAGAAGAAAGCCUGUUUUUUGUAAUUUAGAAGUUUUGUCUAACUUAAAUUCAAUAAUCUGGAAUAACGAAAAAUGAAUAAAAUUGCUGUAAUUGGAGGAACCGGUAUGACCGGUCAAUGUGUUGUGGACUAUGCCGUUAAAAAAGGGCUUAAAGUUCGUUUAAUGUACAGGAACAUAAGUACUGUGCCAGAGGCAUUUAAAACAAAACAAGAAAUAGAACUUGUGGAAGGGGAUGCCACAAAAUUGGAUAACGUUAAGAAUUUGCUUAAUGAUGUUGAUGGAGUAUGUGUUAUUUUAGGAACCCGAAAUAAUUUGGAGCCAACUACGGAAAUGUCAACUGGAACUCAAAAUGUUGUUGAAGCAAUGAAAACAUUAAACCUAAAGAAAUUUUCAGUAAUAAUGUCUUCGUUUCUAUUUUGGGAGGAAAGCAAAGUUCCAAAACAAUUUGAACACAUUAAUAACGAGCAUAAGAAAAUGCUUGAAAUUACUAAACACUCUGGUUUAGACUUUGUGGCCAUAUUACCUCCUCAUAUAUCUGAUGAACCCUAUACGGAAGUUGAAAUUACUGAAAACAAAUCACCAGGUCGUAUAGUUCCAAAGGUCAAUCUUGCUAAAUUUAUAGUGGACAGUCUUGAUCAACCAGAACGCUAUGGAAAAGUUUGGGGUAUAGCCAAAACAGCAUAAUUUUUGCAUUUGCUUAAAGUAUUAAAAUAAUCAGUUUUGAAAAUAAAGUUUUUGAUAAAUUUUGUGGCUAAUGUGUUUAAUAGGA